CCCCGCGGGGGCUCGGGGGCGGGCAGGCCGGCCCGGUACAGCACGGGCACGCGGGAGCUAGUGAGAGCGAUGAUGGAGGAGAUGCACCUGACGCAUUCCCACAAGCGAUACCUGAUGGACUAUGUGAAACGGGGAGAUGCCCUGCCCCUUCAGAGAUUCCCCCCGUCCAGCAAAGAGCCAGUGCCUGUUUCCAACCCAGCAGCCUGGCAGCCACGCAGGCUUCCAGCUAGACCGCUCCUCCGGCCUGCCGAGGUCUGCCGGGCAGGAGAUGCUUACACCCGAGAGAAAUUCAAGCCACAGCCCACGCGAGAUUUGGAAAAGGAGAAGAGAAGACUUCAAAACAUCUUAGCAACAGGAAAGGAUGAGGUGGAGGAUGAGGUAGCACAGGUGUUUGUUUGGAAAAAGGAAGAGGAGAUAGCUGAGCCGGACCGGUUUGAAGAAUUGAUGAAUGAAAUUCAAGAGAGGAGGGAAUUCUUGACACAGAUGGAAGCUCUAGGACAGGGCAAGAAGUAUCAAGGGAUCAUCCUCACUGAAAUCUCACAGAAGUUGCAUGAGAUGGAGACCAUUGACAAGAAGAGAAGUGAGGAAAUGAGAAACAUCAUGACAAAAGCCUUCCCUAUUGGGAACAAAUCCAAUCUCCAAGACUAGGCCAAGGGCAAAACACAAGUGCAAUUUGUUCCCACCUAUUCUUCCCAGACUCUCAGAAUUGGAGGCUGGUCUGUGUCUGUUUCCAAAGAGGGGGCAGCACCAUCUGUUGCCUGAAAUUAGAAGGCAGGACCAAUUUGUACAUAAACAGUGACAGAAGUUGUAAAAUCCUUCCCACACAUGGGAUCCCUUCGUGCUCAAUAAUAUUAAAGACCUGAAAACACAUAGCAACAGCUACCAAAACAUGACAAAGCAGAGCCUUCUUUUGCCUGUGCAGUGCCUCAGAGUACAGCAAUCCAUCCAUAGAAAUGUCAUUCCUUCCCAUCUACCCAGAGGUGGAGGUUUCUGGUGAUAGCAUGAGGACACGCUGCCACCACAGCUAUAACCUGCUCGCUCCUGGCCCUGUGGCUCCGGGAAUGUCUCUGGAGGAAGAUGCAGCUGCACAGCCUUGUACAAUCACAAGCCCUUGGCAUUGCUGCAGGUUUGUGGCUGUGACCUGCAGCAUCAGCAAACCUCUGGUGGCAGCAACUGGGCAGGGGCUCAGGAACAUAGCUGUGCCAACAGAAACAGGAGAUUUGAGAUUUCACCCCAGUGACUGCUGCUCUUUGCUGGGGGCUUGCUGUGAAUUUUUGGUUCCUGAAAGCAUGGUAUGCAGACCAGGCACUCUAUUCCCACAGACUGGAAAUGACUGUUGCUCACCUCAUAAAUACCUGCACCUCUGUCCUCCAGCAGACUGAAGCAUGAUGCCCUGCUUUUCCUGUGCAAAUCCCAGCAUAAUGUCCAGUUUCAAAUUUCCUGAAGAUCUCAUCCUUGGCUUCUUAGCAAUACCCAGC